GACCAAUCAAUCUUUGCAGCAGCCAGAUUCGAACCAUGACGUGUGCAUGGUGAGGCGCACCUGCUUCAAUUCUUGAGCUCUCCGAGUUACUGGCAGCGUGCAAGGGGAGCUGUAAAGUCACGGAGGGGCAGUGACGAAGUUGCACUGGCUAGGCCUAGAACUCAUUUCGUGAGCUAAGGCGUAGUCAUUCCUGACCCCUUGGACCGCCCUUUUUGCUGCCAUGUCGGAUCCGAGGUAUCCCCACGGGUAUCCGCCUCCGCAGGGUUACCCAGGAGGUUACCCUCCGCAGGGUUACCCGCCACAACAAGGCGGUUACCCACCGCAGCAGGGUUACCCGCCCGCGGGAUACCCUCCGCCUGCGGGGUACCCCGGCGCUCCUCCCGCCGGUUACCCGCCACCCGCGGGGUAUCCCCCGCAGGGUUAUCCGCCUCCCGCUGGGUAUCCCCCUCAAGGAUACCCUCCUGCCGGUUAUCCCGCUCCGCACGGGUACCCAGGUGGUCACGGUCAAGUGGCUCAUGUGCAUGUGGGCCACCACCACAAGCAACACAAGUACAAGGGGAGGAAGCACAAGGGCUUCUAUGGCAAGCACAAAGGCCAUUUCCAUGGCAAACGCAAGGGGUUUUUUGGCAAGAGGAAGGGCUUCUUCAAGUAGUGGCUUGUGUUGUGUGUCUAAAAAUGUAGAAGUCUGAUUACCUUCUGUUCAUUGUAAAUGGUUGUUGGAUAAUUGUAUCAACAUCGUGUCACAGCCUUGCCAAAGUCUAACUAGGGUGC